AUGAUUCUUGUGGCUUUUGGGAGUAAGGUCUGUGGAGUUUCGAUCACGUCCAAUGUCGUGGACAUAAUAUUUCACAUAUUCGACGCGAAUGGCGAUGGCGACUUGAGCUCGGAUGAGUUUGUGAGAGUUAUCCAGAGAAGGGAAGUCAGUUCUUCGCAAGCGACUUUGGGCGUGUCGGGGUUUUUGUCGUGCUGGGUUACUCAUGCCUAUAAGGUGUUUGUUAAAAUAGCUUGUAACCAAGAGGAGGUUAAUCAAGUGAUGGAAAUAGCCAAAACUGCUCAGAAAUUAUGGGCUAAGACUCCAUUGUGGAAGAGAGCUGAGCUUCUUCAUAAGGCAGCUGCAAUUUUGAAAGAACAUAAAGCACCCAUUGCUGAGUGUUUGGUGAAGGAAAUUGCAAAACCAGCUAAAGAUGCAGUGACUGAGGUUGUGAGGUCUGGGGAUCUUGUUUCAUAUUGUGCUGAAGAAGGUGUUAGGAUCUUGGGAGAAGGGAAGUUCUUGGUUUCUGAUAGUUUUCCUGGAAAUGAAAGGACCAAAUAUUGCCUUACUUCCAAGAUCCCACUUGGUGUGAUCUUAGCCAUUCCUCCAUUUAACUAUCCUGUCAAUCUGGCUGUCUCGAAAAUUGCACCGGCUUUGAUUGCUGGAAAUUCGAUCGUCCUCAAGCCUCCAACUCAGGGUGCUGUUUCCGCUCUUCAUAUGGUGCAUUGCUUCCAUCUUGCUGGUUUUCCUAAAGGCCUUAUUAGUUGUGUCACUGGUAAAGGUUCUGAGAUUGGUGAUUUCCUCACGAUGCAUCCUGGUGUAGACUGUAUAAGGUAA